UUUUCACUCAUAUCAUAUGUAAGGCCUAGGGUUCCAGUUGCCACUUGUUUUGUACAUAAUAUAGAAACUGUUAAAAUUCCAUAUGAAGUAUAUAUAUUAUCUUAGCAAGUUGGGGUCAUAGAAUUUUCAGUGAAUUGUUAAAUUAUAUAUUAUAAUUAUCAACAAAUUUGUCUCCUAAAAAAAUAAUUUCCUUUUAUGUCUUGGAGUGGAAAGAAGAAUGGGGAAAGAAAGAGGAACUGAUCAAAGAGGUCAUCUAUAUAGUAUUCUUCCUUAUAUUUUUAACAAAAAAAAUAAAGUCCUUGCUUCUAUUUUUGGUCUUACAAAAAAUGUUCUCAUUCACCUAACUUAAAGAGUUCUAGUCAUAGAAGCGAAAAUUAGAUCAAGAAAAACAUACACCCAACAAUGCUAGAAAGUAAUAAUCAAAUCGAAUGCUCGAAAACAAAUCUUUGUGAUGAAGAAGCUGAGGAUCAAGAUGAAGAAGAAAACGACGAAAAUGAUGAAGGAACAACACAAAAUACUAAUAGCAAAAAUGGAGGAAGUUCAAGUAAUAGCACAGUUGAAGAGAUGAGUGAUGGCAUGAAAAGAUCAAGCUCAUCGACUGCUGUUAGGCCUUAUAUUCGAUCUAAAACACCGCGCCUUCGAUGGACUCCUGAUCUUCAUCUUCGAUUCAUUCAUGCUGUUGAAAGGCUUGGUGGACAAGAUACAACUCCUAAGUUAGUCCUUCAGCUAAUGAACAUCAAGGGAUUAAGCAUAGCUCAUGUCAAGAGUCAUUUACAGAUGUACAGAAGCAAAAAAGCUGAGGAUCAAAGUCAAGCAGCAACAUGUGAUCAAAAGCAUCUUUUUGAAGUUAGAGAUUGCAAUAUCUUCAACCUUAGCCAGCUUCCUUUGCUACAAGGGUAUUGCCAAGCACCAAGUUCUAAUUAUAGAUCCAUAGACCCUAUGUGGACGACUACCAAUCCUAGUUGGACGCGUGGUUUGUAUGCUGCAGAUAUGGAAUCGAGAGUGAAUGAAAAUGUAUGGCAACGAUUUGGGAUUGAGCAACAUCCUCCGCGAAUCAUUGAGCAAAUUCACCAACAAGCAUGGCAAAAACCCGGAAUUUCACCAAUGGCAAAGGACUUAAGUCUAACAAUGCAACACAAUCAUCAAUAUCAAGCUAAGGUAGAUCAAAAAAGGUUCAUUAGUUGUAAUAGUAAUGAUAGUCUCCGAAACCAAAUGCUCCUUAAGAGGAAGAGAUUGGAAUGUGAUGAUCAUGGUAACAUUGAUUUGAAUUUGUCACUAAAAAUUCCAAGAACACAAAGUGAAGAUCAUGAUCAUGAAGGUUGCAAUACCAUUCUUAAUGACGAAGUUGAUAAGAGUAGCUUAUUAUCUUUGUCAUCCUCGUCGAAAUUCGAGUUCAAAGUGAAGGAUGGAGAUUAUGAUCAUGGUGAUAGGAAUAAGCAGGAGUAUUGUACAAGAGGGACAAGUACCCUGGAUCUGACUUUGUGAAUGUGACAAUUAUUCUAAGUGAGAUCUUGAUCAGGUACUUGUUCUUGAGUUUGCAAUUUUUCCUUAGCUUCAAUGUCAAUGUAACCUAUCUUCAAAAAGGUAAUAACUAUCAUUUUUUUUCCA